AUGGUUUGUUUACCCCAGAUCCUACCAUCAACGGUUUUACUCCGGGCAGGUGCGUUGCUCGCGCCGCAUCCCGACAGCGACGAGAAACUGCAGCGCGACUCCCUUCGCUUCUAUGAGAAACUUUCUCGACAGGAUCCCGCAGCGGGCAUCAAGCCCACUCCCAUCACCGAGUACUAUGAUGACCGCGCCCACAACGCACCCAUCUGGUACCGCAACCUCUAUCCCGACUUUCAAUUCCUUCCUACCUCCUCCCUGCCCGCCACCGCCAAGAUCGGCUUCCGCUACAUCGGCUUCACCGUCAACCCGAAUGACUUUCUGCCCUGGCUCGUAGCCCGUCUGCGGUCCUUGGGGGUCGACUUCAUCCAGGCCACCAUCUCCUCGCUGGACGAGCUGCGUGCCCUGACCCGGGCCCGCAUCCUCGUCAACGCGUCCGGCUUGGGUGCUCGAGAACUGGCAAAUGACGACGAUGUCAUGGGUGUUCGCGGCCAAACAAUGUUCGUUAAAUGCGACUACAAGCAGGUGGCGAUUCUGCAGGGCUCCGAGUAUACGUACGCCAUCCCGCGCAUCUCGGCCGGCGGCGUCAUUCUAGGCGGCGUGAGCCAGGUCUCCAACGACACGACGGUGGACCAAGGGCUCAAGAAGGAUAUUCUGCGGCGGGUGAACCGCAUUACAGGGAACGCGUUUGACUGGGUUGACGUCGAGCGUGAUGUAAAGGACAUCGUCGGAUUCCGACCUGGGCGUCGUGGUGGCAUUAGGGUGGAACGGGAGGGAGACGUAGUGCAUGCGUAUGGAGGCGGUUCGCUGGGUUAUGUGUACGCGUUCGGCAUGGCGAGCCGUGUCAGGGACCUGAUUGCUGAAGGACGUAGUGGCCGGCCUAAGCUCUGA